CCGCCGGGGGCAUCCGGGGGUCGCCUAACGGGCUGGCCCUGCGCCACAGUCGUCGCUUCAGCCUCCCGCCAGUGGCGGCCACAAGAAGAAGCUCGCUGGCCGCGGAGCCACUUGGGGCCUCAGUUCUCGCCCUCUUUCAGUUGCCGCGGGUUCUGGAGAAGCGGCCGCGGCCGGGGAACUGGGCAUCGAGGUUCCAACGAUUAACUGCUGAAGUACUGAUCGAGUUCUGUGUUUCUUCAAUGAGGAACUACAGGCUGAUCUUCUGCCAUAAUCUCAAACAGCCAUAAAUGACAAAAGAAUGCUUGCUCAGUGAGGGUAGCUGGUGCAGAAACCAUUUUUUAAACUUAGGUGUUUAAGUACUCAAAGAAAAGACAGCUUUGAUUUCUGGCUGCAAAAAAGAUAUGAGGAAGAGCUCCUCCCCUUCCUUGAAUAACUGCAACUCCGUUCUUGCUAACAAAAUAUUUGGAAUUCCACUUGAUGAGCUGCAGCAGGGAGGACAUCCAGACAAUGAGGUUCCGUUCAUAGUCCGCCACGUAGUGGACUAUAUUGAGGAACAUGGAGGUCUGGAGCAACAAGGACUUUUUCAAGUCAAUGGAAAUGCUGAGACAGUGGAGUGGCUUCGGCAGAGAUACGACAGCGGAGAAGAGGUGGAUUUGGUUAAGGAAGCAGAUGUUCCCUCAGCUAUUAGUCUUCUUAGGUUUUUCCUUCAAGAACUUCCUGAACCUGUUAUCCCUGGCAGUUUGCAUAUUCACUUGAUGCAGCUUUCUCAAGAUUAUAAUAACGAAGAUGAAUUUGGAAGAAAGUUGAGGUUCCUCUUGCAACAGCUUCCACCUGUUAAUUACAGUUUGUUAAAGUUUCUGUGUAGAUUUUUAGCCAAUGUGGCAUCACAUCAUGAAGAAAUUUGGUCUGCAAACUCUUUGGCUGCUGUCUUUGGUCCAGAUGUCUUCCAUAUUUACACAGAUGUGGAAGAUCUGAAAGAACAAGAAAUAGUGAGCAGGAUAAUGGCUGGACUUCUGGAAAAUUACUAUGAGUUUUUUGAGAAUGAAGAGGAAGAUUUUUCAUCUAAUGAUUUGAGUUCAAUUACUGAACAGGCAGGUCGCAGCGUUCUCCACAAGCUGGAGUCUGGAGAGCAGGCAUUUCACGAGGCCCUAGAGAAGGGAAUUACAGCAGUCAAAGAAAGAAGAGAUAUUAAUGAACUUUCUGGGGAAGAAGAGGAAGAUGAAAAGCUGGAACAUACAGAAGAACUUCCAGAAGAGGGUGCAGAAAAAUCAGAUGACAUGCCAGAGGUGGUACAGUUAAGGAUGACUGAAAAUAUCCUGGAACCAAAUAGUGUUACAGCAUCAACAAGUGCCCAUAUAUCUCCUAUCAGCAUCUUACCAGCCUCUGUGGACAUUUUAGAAAGAACAAUUAGAGCAGCUGUGGAACAGCACCUUUUUGAUCUGCAGAGCAGCAUAGAUCAUGAUCUUAAGAAUUUACAACAGCAAAGUCUGGUGUGUAAUAAUGAAGCAGGAAGUGUUAAUUGUGAUGGGGAAGGAUCUAAUAACCAGGUUGAUAUUGCUGAUGGUAUUAUUAAUGCCAGUGAAUGUAACAGAGACUGUUCAGAACCUGUGGCUAGCACUAAUUUAGACAAUGAAGUUAUGCAGCAAGAUUUUGUAUUUGAGGAUGAAGAAAAUAACCAGACUGUAGGUAUACUGUUAGAGCCAUGCAGUGAUCAUGGUGAUGGUGAAGAUGGCUGUCUUGAGAGGAAAGAAUGUUUGUCAUUUGACUGUGAUAAAUUGUCACACUUCAUUCUGGAUUCUAGUAGCAAGAUAUGUGAUUUGAAUGCCAACACUGAAUCAGAAGUGCCAGGAGGUCAAAGUGUUGGUGUUCAAGGGGAGGCAGCAUGUGUCCAAAUUCCACAGUUAGAUCUGAAGAAUGUUUCUGACGGUGAUAAAUGGGAAGAGCCAUUUCCUGCUUUUAAGUCUUGGCAGGAAGACUCUGAGUCUGGAGAAGCUCAACUCUCUCCACAAGCUGGAAGAAUGAAUCAUCAUCCUCUGGAAGAGGACUGUCCUCCAGUAUUAUCACACCGGAGUUUAGAUUUUGGGCAAAGCCAGCGUUUCCUACAUGAUCCAGAAACAUUGGAUUCCUCAUCGAAAGCACUCUCUUUUGCUAGGACUCGAAGAUCAUCUUUUAGUUCAAAAGAUGAAAAAAGAGAAGACAGAACACCAUACCACUUAGUCAAGAAACUUCAGAAAAAAAUCAGACAAUUUGAGGAACAGUUUGAAAGGGAAAGAAAUAGCAAGCCCUCCUACAGUGAUAUAGCAGCCAAUCCAAAGGUAUUAAAAUGGAUGACAGAGCUCACCAAACUGCGAAAGCAAAUCAAAGAUGCAAAACACAAAACCUCUGAUGGAGAGUUUGUACCUCAGACACGUCCACGUAGUAACACUCUUCCAAAAAGCUUUGGCUCUUCUCUAGACCAUGAAGAUGAAGAGAAUGAAGAUGAAUCCCGGGUCAUUCAGAAGGAGAAGAAGCCAUCUAAGGAAGCAACACUUGAACUUAUUCUGAAAAGACUGAAAGAAAAACGUGUUGAGAGGUGUCUUCCAGAAGAUAUCAAAAAAAUGACAAAAGAUCAUUUGGUAGAAGAGAAAACUUCUCUCCAGAAAAGUCUUCUUUAUUAUGAAAGUCAACAUGGAAGGCCGGUAACCAGGGAAGAAAGGCACAUUGUUAAACCUCUUUAUGAUAGAUACAGACUUGUAAAACAGAUCCUGACAAGAGCUAGCAUCACUCCUGUCCUUGGAUCUCCAUCCACCAAGCGAAGGGGUCAGAUGUUACAGCCAAUCAUAGAAGGAGAAACUGCACAUUUUUUUGAAGAAAUCAAGGAAGAAGAAGAAGAAGAUGGUGUUAGUCUGUCCUCUGAGUUAACUGAUAUCUUGAAAACUGCUGUACAGGCACAGUCUUCAUUGGAAAACUCAGAAUCUGAUAUGGAAGAAAAUCAAGAAAAACUGGCUCUAGAUCUCCGAUUGUCAAGUACUCGAGCAGCUUCUAUGCCCGAAUUACUGGAACAACUUUGGAAAGCCAGAGCUGAAAAAAAGAAACUACGUAAAACGUUACGGGAAUUUGAAGAAGCAUUUUAUCAACAAAAUGGAAGGAAUGCCCAGAAAGAGGAUCGUGUUCCAGUGCUUGAGGAGUACAGGGAGUACAAGAAAAUUAAAGCCAAGCUUAGGCUUCUUGAAGUUCUUAUCAGCAAACAAGAUUCUUCAAAAUCCAUAUAAAAUAUGGUCCUUGAAAACAUCAUAAAAUCAGUUGUAUUCCCUGAAGCUAUCAUCAUGUGUACUUGGCUGGUACUUAAGUUCAUUUUGUCAGGCACUCACAGAGUCUCAUUUUGUACUUGCUGGUGGUGCCACUAGAGAAAUGAUGGGAGGGUAAGUAGACCCUGUCUAGGGAGUGCGAUGUUCCAUGUUAACCACAGACUGCCCCUCUACCUUUAGCAAACAUCCACUUUUCUUCAUUGUUUUGUACUACAGAUACAUCGUGUUAGUAGAAGACUAAUAUUUUAUCUUUUCAACUUUAAGAACUUUGGAGAUAGAAGCUUUUUGUUAUUACCAACUUUAUUAUUUUUUCAUUACUCAAGAAAAUUGAGAGGAAAAUCUUCACAUUGAAUUCUUCUUCAGUUGCCUUUUUCUUACAGAAUGACUGAAAAUUUGAAAGAAAAGCCUAUAAAUGUGCACAUAUGCAACUAUGUUCUCUGUUUUCUUAGAAAACCAAAAUCAACUGAAAUUUCAAGUCCUACUGUGGAACAUAUUUCUGUUAAAUUCCCAAAGUGACACUUUCUCACAGGUAGUAUGUUAGGAGAAUUUUGCAAUUCAGUGGUCACACAGCUCCUGGAUGAAGAUAACAGCGGGUAGACCAAAAAGUGACCUUGCUUAUUAGUAUAGUGAAAACACACAGCACACAUCACACACAGAACUGAAUUAAUAUCACAUGCUGCCUUUGGGACUUAAGUUACUGUUUGUUUCCUCAGUUACAGUUUAUCAGUUGGUGAUGAUGUGAUUUGUCUGGAUUAGAUCCUGCAUUUUUUCCCCCUACCCACCUCCAGAUAAUGUGAGAAAAUAGCCAUGUUAGUAUGUAGGAACUCUGAUGGUGCUCAGAUUUGUGUGUUCAAUCAACUGGGCUUAAAUUGGCAAAAGAAUCAUUAUGCCUGAAGUAAAUCUAUUCUUAACAAGGGCUAUACCACUGCAUUUUUACAUGUACCUGCAAGGGGUUGCAUCAUUUUUUUUUUCUUUUUUAAUCAGCGAAAUCCAUAAAGAAAACAUCCUCUAGAGGGAUCACCUUUUGCUCAAUCACAAGCUGUUUAAAGCAGCUGGUUAUAGGUGUAUUGUGGUAUGCCCCUUGUCAUACACUCUAAGCAUAUCUUUUUUUCUCUGGCUUUGCAUGGCUUUUCUUCAGGUUCUUUCCUGGUAUAAUUCUGCUAAUUAUUUUCACAGAAUGGUGACUUUAUUUGUGCUAACAAUAUGAUAGUCAUUAACAGCAUAUUCUGAUCAGGCUUAAUCUAAGUGUUCAUUUUUUUCCUGGUGCUUUUUUGGAUUGAUGAGUGUCUCACUUUGUGCCCAUGUUUUGCAUGCAGUGACUCAUGCAUGGUUUUCUUAACUAGCUAAUAUUCAUAAUUUGUUCCAUACAAAAAUGGACUUUUGCAGCAUCCUUUAAUAAGGUGAGGGAAGCAUGAACCUCAGACUUCUGGCACUAUUACAUAGCACAUGAAGUAGCUUGAUAAUAAGUAGCAUUUCUAGUACUUCACAUUUCUAGUACUUCACAUUUCACCUGUGUGUGCAAUGCCUUUUUUGGGGGGAGGGAAUGUUCCUUGGUAGUGAACGUGUCAUUGGGGAAUAAAGCACUAAAUCCAGCCCUUUUCGUGUGGUUUCCUUUUGAUACAGCUAGGUUAUUCAUAAUGUACACCUAGAAACGUGAAAUUGAGAACACCAAAAGAUGUUAUUUUGAUUUGAAUUCAUCAUGCAGUGUACAUUUAGUUAAUUUCUUUCAGUCUCCAACAGGAGUAUAUCCAAACAUCUUAUUUAAUGUGCACUGUAUAUUGUUUUAUAUGAAUGUUUUAUUUUAUAUACCACAUGCAAAAAUGUCCAUAUGCACUAUUUAAAUGUUUUAAAUAAUAUAUUCCUUCUUUAUAAUGCUAAAUCUAUAUGAGUACCAUAUUUUUAUAAGUCAGUGGCCUGACUGGUUUCAUUUUAGAAUUAACAGCUGCUUCAUGAUGUUGGUUAUUCACUGUUAAUGUUUGGCUGUGAGUAGAGUAGAUAAAAAGUGGCAUGGCAGCACUUAUGCUAUGUGACAGUAUUGUGUGUCAUAGUUCAGUAGUAAGUGGUAGAAUUAGGCAGUUUGUGAUAAUUUUACUUUGGUACAAGUAAAAACUGUAUAUCUAUAUACAAACAGUAUAUAGAUAUAUACGACUACAAGUAUAAUUGCAUUGCUGUGUUUGGCACUUCAUUGUAUAGACUUUUGUAAUAAAAGAACUUUAAUGUUCUAAGUCAUUGUAAA